UGAACCUGAAUACAUCGUUGAAUUAUUCUGCACGUACUCGUCGCCAACUUCGGACGCACUGUGUGUAUAGUCGCCAAGUCAUACUGCGUACGUUUUAUUCUCGUACACUUCCUUUUGUCGUUUUCGGUAUUGCACCAGCGCGCAUACUAACUAAACUGUGCCAGCGCCAGUCUACAUCACUUUCUUUUGCAACGGUAUCAACGGUGUGACCAUAAUCAGAUUUUUCAACAUAGAGUGCAAGUGUUGGAGUGACCGGUGGACAAUGGCGGGUGGUAGUAGAUAAUCAACCCCAGUCAUGCAUAGUGGUAAUCGCCAACUACGUGUAAUUGUUGACCACAAUUGCUAGCCAGAUCCCAUUCGGCGUUCAGCACUCACACGUAAACAUCCCUGCACCAGCCUCUUCGGGCAUACGGGACUUGGCUGAGAUAUCACAAUUAUAGACAAGGCAUACACCGCAACGUGUUGCCAUUAAGUACGCACGAAACGUACAACAACGUAUUGGAACGUGCAGUUGGUGUGGACCGUUCGGUACGCGGACAAUAAAACUCAAAGUCAUCUGAACGCACGUCGCGUACGGUCCAUACUCGCACGCGCUAGGAUUCAAUUGGAAUUACUAAUCCGAAUUUGCCGAAUUCGGCAGACACAAAUUCGCAUGUGCCAACCGGAAGGGCACACUAGCGCCAGCCGAUAACCUUCAUACGUUUCCUCAUUGUAAAUUAGACCGCCUCCCUCAUUUAUAGUUAAAAUAACUGAGUGAAAUUUUAAAAAUGAUUCUCUCAGUGAUUAAUGUGAGUGUUUAUAAGAAAGUGAAAUUAUGAAUAAAUACAAAAUAAUUAAUUAAUUAAAAUUAAAUGUAACAUUUACCAAGUUCAUAAAAUACAGAAUUUGUUUAUUCGUGUUAAUAUUGGAAUAAAAUGAAUUGGAAUGUGCCACAAACGAGUAUGCAUGGAUAAAAGAACAUGCCAAUAGUGUUUUAAUGCGCAUCUUUAUAUGAUAGAAAACGGUGUUCAAAAUCACAACAUAUACGAUUUAUAAAAAAUUAAGUAAAAUUAUAAAAUUCAUGUUUAACAGUGUGAUAUAGGUGCCAUAAUAUUAAAUACAUAUGAGGUGUGCAUAUAUGUAUUCACCUUAAGCAAUAGUGAUCACAUAUAUUGUCGUAUUGACGCAGUUAUAAAGCGAAUAAUUAUUGUAUUCUCAGUCCAAAGCAACAUUUAUAAAAAGAAUUAAUUAAUCAGCAUUCGACAUGUUGCCCUAUCAGGCUGUUGCAAUGGAUUAUGCUGGUUACCAGCGGCAGUCUACGCCCGGACAUCCUGGAAAUCAUAUGUCAGCUAUGGGUUCUCUGAGCAUGCCCGGUGUGGCGGCUGGACCCUUCACUCACUCAUGGCUGGUGCCAACACAGGACCUGUGCGCUAUGCCAUAUGGUAAAAUGACAAGUCAGCACCAAACCGGAGGAAUGCACGGUCCACAACAGCCCAUCGAGCCAGGGAUUCUCGAACUACGAAAGGAAAAGUCCCGAGACGCAGCAAGAUCUCGACGUGGCAAGGAGAACUACGAAUUCUACGAAUUGGCGAAAAUGCUUCCUCUACCUGCGGCUAUAACAAGCCAAUUGGAUAAGGCUUCCAUUAUAAGACUGACAAUAAGUUAUCUGAAAUUAAGAGAUUUCUCUGGGCAGGGCGAUCCACCAUGGACCCGAGAGCCAUCGAGUAGUAGCAAAUUAAAAAGUGCUGCAAUUCGACGUAGUCCCGCCGUAGAUUUAUUUGAGCAACAUCAAGGCACACACAUAUUGCAGUCACUAGAUGGAUUUGCAUUAGCUGUAGCGGCUGAUGGACGAUUUCUGUACAUAUCGGAAACGGUAUCUAUUUACUUAGGCCUGUCACAGGUAGAAAUGACAGGAAGUAGCAUAUUCGACUACGUCCAUCAGAGCGAUCACGCAGAAAUUGCCGAACAACUGGGGUUAAGCUUAACCAAUGGCGGUAUUGCAGCUGGUGGCAACGGUAGUGGUACAACUGGACUGGCGUCCCCCACAUCAGGAGCGUCAGACGAUGGUGUUGGUACACAUGGAACGAAUAACCCUGAUGUAUCUGCACAAAUGACCGUGUCCUCCACCAGCGGAUAUAAAGGCUACGAGCGAUCGUUUUGCAUUCGAAUGAAAUCGACUCUCACCAAACGAGGCUGCCAUUUCAAAUCCUCUGGCUAUAGGGUAGUUUUGCUAUUGUGCAAGCUGCGACCGCAAUAUACAUUUUCACACACACGAAAAUCUCAGCCUCCUUUGUUGGGUAUGGUCGCUCUAGCGAUUGCCCUGCCCCCUCCUUCCGUUCACGAGAUACGUCUGGAAUGCGACAUGUUCGUAACCCGAAUCAAUUUCGAUUUUCGAAUAGCGCACUGUGAGCCAAGGGUGUCUGAUUUGCUGGACUACAGCCCCGAAGAUCUUGUCAACAAGAGUAUGUACAACCUAUGUCAUGCUGAAGAUGCCAUUCGGUUGCGAAAAAGUCAUAUGGAUCUAAUAGAAAAAGGUCAAGUUCUCACUGGGUACUUUCGGCUGAUGAACAAGAGCGGCGGCUACACUUGGUUGCAAACCUGUGCAACGGUAGUUUGCAGUACGAAGAAUGCUGACGAACAGAAUAUAAUUUGUGUCAACUAUGUUAUCAGUAAUCGAGAAAACGAGAAUCUCAUAUUGGACUGCUGCCAGAUAGAACCUAGUGUGGAUUGUAUUAAACACGAAGAACUUGUUAGUGACAAGAACUCUGGUUCGCCUAGCAGUGAUGCCGCACCCGAAGGACCAGCCGGUGUUGGUGGCAAUGUAAAAGACUCAUCGCCCAAGGCUGAUGGCGACGGACACAACCAACGUUCUCGUGGACGGGGUUCUAGUUCCACUGUCAAUACGAACACUAGCAACUUAACUUUAGUUAAAGAUAGUCCUAAUUCUGUAAGCGUUGAAAUGGAAAAUGGUGCAAGUUCUUUACCUACAACUGUGGCUACACCAGCAGCAACCCUUACCACAACAACAAAACGCAAACGAAAAACCAAAGUAUCUCUGCAAAUCGAAGAAAACUCAGACGUAAGCACAGUUAAUGCAUCGGAACAGGAUACUCAACCGCAAACGAAAAUGCCUACCAUAGAUCGGGAAGUGCCACGUAGCCGUUUGCCAACGACAGUAGAGCAAAACCCACAGCAGCCGCAACAAGCGCACAUUUCCCAACAGACCCAACAACAGAUACAACAAUCACAACAACAGCAACCGCAUUCUGAGGCUUCCGUGAAGGAUUUGGAAAAUGCUAUGACCAAACACUUGCCCUCACCCGGAAUAAAUAAUAGCGAUGCUGCGGUAAUUGCCACAGAUUUUAGCACCGAUGCUUUAUUAAAACAACAGCAACAAAACGAAAAGAGCAGCACUAUACAAUGGAUCGGUGCGCCACACUACCAACAACCAGCGCAAAUGCCUGCCACCGCGCUACUGCGACAACUUUACGCAAAUCGGGAAAGCGUCAUAAGAGCUACAGCUCGUCAAACACCGACUGGCGUCUUUUAUGGAGACCAACAGGGUGGACCUUUGCCCACUCCGCCAGGUAGUGAGUCGUCAUAUGACAAUCACCAAUAUCUACAACUUCAUCCCGCCCAUCCACAAAAAUCUUCUUCAGAUGCAUUCACAAACUUGGUGUCCACAUACGGUGGUUACCACACCUCCAUCGAUUAUCAUAAUGCUAUGACUCCUCCUAGUUCAGUAUCUCCGCGUGACAGCAACAAUACUAUAAAUGCAACCAAAGCAACCUCUCAUAACAGUAAUGGAUAUGACUACACGGACUCACUACGUGUUCAGUAUUCAGCACCGAACAACGCCGGCGAAAGUAGUGGCACACCUGCACUACCUCUCAAGCCACAGCCAUACUCGGCCGCAACGGCCACCAUGCACCAUCCCCACCCAAGUGCCGACACCUCCAGCAUUACAUACGGCAACUUAGAUCAAUCACAAUACUUUCCACCACAUUCCAGCUUUCAUUUAUAUCAUAAAGGUACACCACCAAGUGGCUGGUACUCGACACCGUCAUAGGUCAGCCUUCAGAACUGCAAUUUGCAGCAGCAGUGGAGAACUCAGAAAGAACAACCAUUACAACAUGUUGAACUGCAUCCGAAGGAGAGUUGGGAUAUUGUUGGAGCUCUUGGAAAAGUUGCCAGAAUGUUCUUCAGUGCCCGUAGGGAAAAUUAAAGAAAAGGGCGGUUCUACUGACUCGAAAGAAAUUGCCUUGCUUGUUAAAAUCACGAACAUAGCGCAAAAAAUAGCAGCCCAAUUCAACUGUAAUGUAAUAUGGUUCAUACAUACUUAUACAUAUGCAAGUAUGUCCAAUAGAAUGUAAGAAAAAUAUUACUUUUCACACUAUUGUUCGAAAUAAUGUACUCUCCUCCUUCUUAAAAAAUACGGAGUCGUUACUGAAUACUAUUAUAUGUACUUAUGUAAUUUUGAUAAUUUGCAUAUUUUGAAUGAUCAUAAACGGGUAUACCUAUGUAUGUACGAGUAUGUAUGUCUGUAUGUAACUUUUGCGAAAUUCUAAAUUUUCUGCAUUAAAUAAAUUAUGUUUUAAAAUGUACACAUACAUACAUGUACGUACGUACAUAUGUCUACCAUACUUGUAUAUGCAUGUAACUCGACCAUUGAAUAUUACAUCUAUUUAAUCAUUCAACAUUUAUAGGUACACAUGUACAUAUUUUACUGUUAAAUUUUAUUUUCCUUUCCAUUUGAAUUUUGCUUUAAAUAUUAACAUUUUACUAUACACAUGAACAUUUUAGAAAUCUGUAAUAAAAAGUAAAAUUAUAAGUGUAUUAUGAGCACAUUAAACAUUUGUACAUUUCCGGAUUUAAAAUAUUUAUAAAAUGAAAUAUGUGAACCAACUAAAACUUGUAUAUUUUGGGAUGCUAUAAAAUAUAAUUAAGGAAAAUACUCGAAAUGAACAGUUCCCAAUUAUUAAUUGAUAGCAAAUAACCAAUUGCUUAUAUAAGACUUAGAUAGUGUGCCAAUAAUGCAAAGACAAAAAUAUUUAACAUUUAAGAAAUUAGAAGUGCAUUUUGUAUUGUUAUUAAUUAUUUAAGCUAUAUACUAGCGAUUUACUUAAAAGUUUAUAUACAAUUAAGGAUAGAUAUCUGCAUGCCGCAAAUACAACCCUUGACAUAAAUACAUAUCAAUCGUUUUUGAAUUUUGUUUCAAUUCCGAUUAUGGAAGUACACCUUUCAAGUUUUGUGAAUUAAUGUAAAUUUAUGUAUGUGUACGUGAAUAUGGUAUAUAUUAUAUAUGCAUAUGUGUGUAUGCAAAUGAAAGCAUCCUUGUAUAUAUAUGAAUAAUACAUACGAACGCUUAAUCACAGAUCCCAUUCGACUCCCACCGCUCAUUUCUAAAUUUAUUUCGUUAAUAUGCUUUUGCAGUUAUUAAGGAGAAUGUAAGUUGGCCUGUAAAUACCUACUAUAUAUACAUAUAUAUAUAUAUAUAUAUACAAUACAUAUACCUUCAUAACAUACAAUUCGAUUGUAUGUACAUACGAGUACAUAUAAAUUUGCAACCCAGUUAAGAGUAAAAUAGGUAAAAAUAUAGGUGGAUUUGGAAAGUCCACCAUAGUAAAUGCACAAACAUAUACAUAAAUAAAAUAAAUGGAAAAAUUA